CCGGCCGCGAUAAACAAAACGGAAGGAGUUUCGCGUGUUUCGGAGUGAUUUCGUGAAAGUUUGUGAAAUCUCGUGAAAAUAUGGAAUCGAACGAACCGGCAUUGGCGAAGGAAGCAGUUCUGCAGGAGAGUUCCAAGCUGCCGAGUGGAACGCCGACCGUGCAGGGAUACGACUGGAACAAGGGCCUUGAUUAUGGGGCACUGUUUAAAUCGUAUUCGUAUUCCGGAUUUCAAGCAACCAAUUUGGGCAAAGCGAUUGAGGAGGUUCGCAAAAUGAUCGAAUGCCGUGCUCUGGCCCUUCCCGAAGACAAACACGACGUGUACGAGGAAGAUGAUUUUAUCAAACGUAAAACCAACUGCACGAUAUUCCUGGGAUAUACUUCCAACAUGGUGUCGAGUGGGGUACGCGAGACGAUCCGAUUUUUGGUGCAACAUAAACUGGUAGAUUGCAUCGUAACAACGGCCGGGGGCGUCGAAGAAGACCUAAUCAAAUGCCUUGCCCCAACUUUCGUUGGAUCUUUUGAGCUGGAAGGAAAGCGGUUACGAGAGCAGGGCAUUAACAGGAUUGGAAAUCUGCUCGUUCCCAACGACAACUACUGCAAGUUUGAGAACUGGGUCAUCCCACUGCUGGACGAGAUGUUGCAAGAGCAAAAAGCGAACGGAACCUUGUGGACACCCUCGAAGGUAAUCCAACGCCUAGGUGAGAGAAUCAACGAUGAAAGCUCCAUCUGCUACUGGGCCGCUCGCAACAAGAUUCCAAUUUUCAGUCCCGCACUGACGGACGGCAGCCUGGGAGAUAUGAUGUACUUUCAUUCGUUCCGAAAUCCCGGCCUGGUUCUUGAUAUUAUCUCGGACUUGCGGCGGCUGAAUACGAUGGCGGUGAAGGCUGUAAAUUCGGGCAUCAUAAUCGUUGGGGGUGGCGUGAUCAAACACCACAUUUGCAACGCCAAUUUGAUGCGGAACGGGGCAGACUACUCGGUGUUCAUCAAUACGGCGUCCGAGUUUGACGGCAGCGACAGUGGUGCCCGUCCGGACGAGGCCAUAUCGUGGGGGAAGAUCAAGAAAGAUGCAACGCCUGUUAAGGUGUACGCGGAAGCGAGUCUCGUGUUUCCGAUAUUGGUGGGGGAAACGUUCGUGAAGGAACACUUUAAGAGUGUUGAAGCAAAAAAGUGUAAAUAAAUGUUGAUGGCUUG